ACGAGCCGGGCUGGGCCCGGGCGCGGGAGGAGGCGGAGAUGGCGCUGAGGGAGCUGCGGGAGGUCGUGCGGCCCCUGCGGGAGCCCGGGUACGGCGAGGCGCUGCGCAGGAAGGCCGAGAGGGCGAGGAAGAGGAGGCUGCGCCUGCAGAGGAGGAAGCACGAAGCCAGGGCGGCCAAGGAGGAGGAGGCGGCCCGGGCCGCCGAGCGAGAGGCCAAGAUCGACCAGUGGCGAGCUAAGUGCAUCCAGGAGGUGGAGGAAAAGAAUCGGGAACGAGAGCUGAAGGCUGCUGCUGACAGUGUCCUGUCUGAAGUCCGGAAGAAACAAGCAGAUACAAAGAGGAUGAUGGAUGUCCUGUGCGGGUUGGAAAAGCUUCGGAAACUGAGGAAAGAAGCUGCUGCCAGGAAAGGUGUUUGUCCACCUCCUUCAGCAGAUGAAGCAUUUGAAAAUCAGGUGGAGAGUCUCAAAACGUUGCUCAAAACUCGCACAGAACUGUAUGAAGCUGAGGAAAGAGCACUAAGGGUUAUGCUGGAGGGAGAACAGGAGGAGGAAAGGAAGAGGGAAAUGGAAAAGAAACAGAAGAAAGAAAGGGAAAAACUACUACAGCAGAAACUGGAAAUUGAUUCCAAGCUGUUUGGAGAUCCAGCUGAAUUCCCACUUGUCCAUCUGCUGCAGCCUUUCAGAGACUACUACUUACAAGCUGAACAUUCUGUAGCAGCUCUAAUCCAGAUCAGGCAUGAAUGGGAUCAGUACUUGGUGCCAGCUGACCACCCUGAAGGAAGCUGCAUCCCUCCAGGAUGGGUUCUCCCGAGUCUCCCCACCAAUGACACUUGGGCCACUGCUGUCAGAUAAUUUAGUAAAAAAUUAUUUCAUCGUUGGAGGACUGCUUCAUUAUAAUUAUAUGUAAAUAUGAGGGUCCAAAGAGGAAGUCUCGUCCUCUCUUUUGUCAGCCAGGUACUGGAAUGUCUUGAAAAAAUUUACUGCAACGUCUUGAAAAAAAGUUUAAGAAUUGUUUUUGCUGAUGGACUGUGCAGGGAGAUAGCUGAGCAAGCCCAAAGCUUCCAGGCCUCUCAUGCUGUGGAAUUACAAUCCGGCUGCGAGUUCUUACUAAAUCUUAAUCUUAAUAAAGGAACAUUGCUGAUGGUGGUAUUUGUGCCAGUAUUAACAUCCUAUUUUUAGUGGCUUUUAUCUUUAUAAAGGAUGAUGAAAACGUCAGAAAUUAAGAAUUUCUUUAAAAAAAGAGAUUAUUAGUAAGCAUGUUUUUUUUUAAAUGAAGCAUGUCAAGCAUCACUGUCAAAAUAGUUCCUGUAUUUUUGAGUGUAGAGACAAACCAAUUACAAGUUUAAACGAAUUCUGAAGUACAAACAGGUCAGGGUUUUUCAAGGUUGAUUAAAACAGCUGUUGACAUUUUACUUUUGUGGACUAAAACUGAUACCAAAACAUGGAAAAAAUUCCCAGUUGUGGUGAAAUAGGUCAGACUGCCAUGUGAAUAAAUACAAAUUUAAUGAAUAAGCCUGCUGGGAAAAAAAAACUAAUAAACUCUGAAGUCUAACUUACUGUAAAUGUUUAGACUAUAUAGAUAUUUUUGUAUAGGGACAUAUCACAUUUAUAAUAUUUGAUUAAAAACCACAGCUUUA